CAACCUCAGAAAAACGAAACAUUCAAAUUGUGUCCUGUCAUUUCGAUAUCGAAUAAGAGAAACAUAUUUCCAUACAGCCGAUAUAGCAAAUAUAUAGCCGCUUUGUGCUUCGAAAACUGUGUAAUUAUUUGAGCAACUAAAUUUGGCCAAAAUAAAUCUACCAACAUGCCUAUGAACGAGGUUACUGUGAACAAGGUUAUCGUUCACCCAUUGGUUUUGCUGAGUGUUGUUGAUCACUUCAACCGAAUGGGCAAAAUCGGCAAUCAAAAGCGUGUGGUUGGAGUUCUUCUUGGUUGCUGGCGACAGAAGGGAGUGCUAGAUGUGUCGAAUAGUUUUGCGGUUCCUUUCGACGAGGAUGACAAGGACAAAUCGGUUUGGUUCUUGGACCACGACUAUUUGGAUAGCAUGUACGGUAUGUUCAAAAAAGUGAAUGCACGCGAACGAGUUGUCGGAUGGUAUCACACCGGGCCGAAACUUCAUCAAAACGAUAUUGCUAUCAACGAGCUGAUUCGACGAUAUUGCCCGAAUUCGAUUUUGGUGAUCAUCGACGCCAAGCCAAAAGAUCUCGGUCUACCAACUGAAGCGUAUAUCUCUGUGGAAGAGGUGCACGAAGACGGCACACCGACGUCAAAGACUUUUGAACAUGUGCCGAGCGAAAUUGGUGCUGAGGAAGCCGAAGAAGUCGGCGUUGAGCAUUUGUUGAGAGACAUCAAAGAUACAACCGUAGGCAGUUUAUCGCAGAAGAUCACAAACCAAUUACUAGGAUUGAAGGGUAUCAACGCGCAGAUCCGUGAUAUCAAAAACUAUUUAAUCAAAGUAGGAAAUGGUCAACUUCCUCUCAACCAUCAAAUCGUCUAUCAAUUGCAAGACAUUUUGAAUCUCUUGCCCGAUAUUACAACGGAAAGCUUCACAGACACACUGUACGUGAAAACGAACGAUCAAAUGUUGGUUGUUUAUUUGGCAUCGAUGGUGCGUUCGAUAGUUGCAUUGCACAAUUUGAUCAACAACAAAUUGACGAACAGCGCCGAAGAGGGAAAGAAGGAAGAGGUUAAGGAUAAGAAGGACAAGGACAAUAAGGAGAUCAAAGACGGAAAGAAGGAUGACACGAAAAAGGAUGAAUCGAAGAAAGAAGAAAAGUCCGACAAGGGAACGGAUGAGAAGAAGAAGUAGACCGGUGCGAAUGAUUGGCGGCGUUGAGUGUUCAUUUUAAUUUCAUUGUUUGAUUUAGUUGAGAGAAGAGAAUCAUUCAGAGUACUAAUAAAAAUAAUUGAAUUUAUCAUCCUUA